AUGCCUCUGCUGUUUCUGGAGAGGUUCCCUUGGCCUAGUCUGCAGACAUACACGGCUUUGACUGUAGUUCUACUUGCGGCGAGCAUCUUCAGUGCCUACACCACUGUGACCGAUCCUGGUUUUGGGUCAUUGGAAGCAGAUGAGACCCCGACGGGCACAGAUGUUGAUCUAGAGCACUUGAAUAAUGAAAUGAGUAACACAGAACUGGCAACCACUGUUAUGUGGUAUCUGGUGACUGACAGCCUCCUUGUAUGGGUGCUUGUCAACACAUUCUGCUGCUCUUUAAUGUUAAUAGCAAAAAUUAUUCAAUAUGUGGUGUUUGGCCCUCUCAGAGUCAGUGAGAAGCAACACCUAAAAGACAAGUUCUGGAACUUCAUAUUCUACAAGUUUAUAUUCAUCUUUGGCGUGCUGAAUGUACAGACUGUGGAGGAGGUGGUGAUGUGGUGUCUGUGGUUCUCGGCCCUUGUCUUUCUUCACCUAAUGGUGCAGCUCUGUAAGGACCGAUUUGAAUAUCUGUCAUUCUCGCCCUCCACUCCCAUGAACAGCCAUGUGCGAGUCAUGUGUCUGCUGGUUUCUCUCCUGCUGGACUGCUGUGGUCUAGCCGUGGUCUGUGGCCUACUUGGGGCAUCCCAUGGAAUGCACACCCUAUCUUUUAUGGCUGCAGAGUGUCUGAUGGUGACUGUUCGCACAGGACAUGUCAUCAUGCGGUAUUCCAUCCACCUCUGGGACCUAAGUCAUCCAGGAACAUGGGAGAGUAAAGGAACCUACGUGUACUACACAGACUUAAUCAUGGAGUUGGCCAUGCUUUUUCUAGAUCUCAUGCAUCACAUCCAUAUGCUGCUUUUCGGCAACAUCUGGCUGUCCAUGGCAAGUCUGGUCAUCUUCAUGCAACUGCGAUAUCUCUUCCACGAGGUGCAGCGUCGCCUUCGCAGACACAAAAACUACCUUCGCGUUAUCAAUAACAUGGAGGCUAGAUUCGCGGUUGCCACAGCAGAGGAGCUGGCAGUGAAUGACGAUGAUUGUGCAAUUUGCUGGGAUGCCAUGGUGACAGCACGCAAACUUCCCUGUGGUCAUCUCUUCCACAACUCUUGUUUGCGCUCUUGGCUUGAACAGGACACCUCGUGUCCCACUUGCCGCACGUCCCUCAACAUCAAUGGGGAAGACGAGCAGGAAAGAGGCCAGGAACAGGGCGCCCGCAUGGAGGACAACGCUGGUCCUGCUGGACCCGCUGCAGAUCCGAGGCCUCACAUCAAUCAACGCAAUCACUUCUUCCACUUCGAUGGCUCGCGUAUUGCCAGCUGGCUGCCCAGUUUCUCGGUCGAAGUGAUGCACACCACCAACAUUUUAGGGAUUGCUCAGGCUAACAACUCUCAGUUGAUGGCCAUGGCUCAUCAGAUCCAGGAGAUGUUCCCUCAGGUGCCCUCAUACCUGGUCAUGCAAGACCUUCAGCUGACCCGUUCUGUAGAGGUCACCACUGACAACAUCCUGGAGGGACGCAUCCAGGUGCCUUUCCCUCCACCUGCACAGGCAGUUGAGCGUGGGACGUUGCAUGUCAGUCCUGUCCUCGAUGAGCAGCCAGGGCCUAGCGGAGCCACUGGCGAGGGCCCCAGAGAGCCCGACAACAUUGAAGCUAGAGGCGGUCGCUUUUCUAAAUCAGCUGAGGAGAGGCAGACAAUGUUGAAGCAGCGGAAAGAGGAGCUUAUCCAACAAGCACGCAGGAGAUAUCUAAACAAGAGUCCAGAGGAGCUGGACAGUGAUGUUCCCAGUCUGGAGGACGAGGAGGACUCUUUCUCAGUUGGAGAAUCUGUAACACUGAGGCCUCGAUCUGUGACAACAACCACAGGAAGACACACACAACCGAAUCCCGAGCCCUGA